CCAAAACGACAACAUAAAGGACCUCUGUUCGACUUUUGCUCGAUUUUAGUGUUUACUGAAAUAAGUUUUGUUUUGAAUAAUAAUGAUGAUAAUUCAUUCAUGAUAAUCGACAAAUGAAUUGAGCCUGUAAUUAGUGAUUCACUUUUUGAAACCCCGUUUGAAUAUUAGGUGAAUAUUUUGGUUGUGUUAUUUACAUGUUGGAUUGGUUGAACAAGAACCACAAUGGCCACCACCAACAACAAUGCUUCGUCCGCCACGGCCAAUACCAGUGAUGGUGAUGAACAGCAAUCGUUACGUGAAUGUGAAGCCUAUGUACAACGACACAACAUUCAACAAAUACUCAAAGAUUGUAUUGUUCAACUUUGUGUCAGUCGACCUGAAAAUCCGAUCACAUUUUUGAAAGAAUAUUUUGCUUCAUUGGAACGAGAAAAUCAAUUAAAUUCGCAACAUCACCAAAAGGCACCAAUGUCACCGGACACUGAACGUGAUGAAGAUCUAUCUCCAUUGCCCACAAUAACAACUCGAACACGCCGUGGUGGUGUUUCGGCCGAAACCUACAGCGAGGAAGAUGCCACCAAUUAUGUGAAAAAGGUCGUUCCAAAAGAUGAUAAAACUAUGGCUUCGUUAUCGAAAACAGUGGAAAAGAAUGUUCUUUUCCAACAUCUGGAUGACAGUCAACGAACCGAUGUCUUUAAUGCCAUGUUUCCGGUGCAUCAUAAAGCAGGCGAAUUUAUCAUGCGACAAGGCGAUGAAGGCGACAAUUUUUACAUAAUCGAUGAAGGAACUGUGGAAGUGUAUGUCAACGAUCAGCUGGUAUCCGCAGUGUCGGAAGGUGGCAGUUUUGGUGAAUUGGCCUUGAUCUAUGGAACACCGCGUGCUGCCACUAUUCAGGCCAAAACUAAUGUCAAACUCUGGGCCAUCGAUCGAGAUACAUAUCGCCGCAUUCUAAUGGGACAGUUUAUCAAAAAACGUAAAAUGUAUGAAGAGUUUCUAUCGAAAGUCAAGAUUCUUGAGAGUCUGGAUUAUUAUGAAAGAUUGACAGUGGCCGACGCAUUGACGCCCGUUGAAUUCGCCGAUGGGGACAUUAUCACCAAACAAGGGGAGCCUGGUGAUGAAUUCUACAUUAUUGAAGAAGGAACGGCCGUCGUUCUGCAACGUCGAUCACCCGAUGCACCCGAAGAGGAAGUAGGUCGAUUAGGACGAUCCGACUACUUUGGCGAAAUUGCACUCAUUUUCAAUCGACCCCGUGCUGCCACCGUGAAAGCGCAAGGACCUUUAAAAUGUUUGAAAUUGGAUCGCGAUUGUUUCGAACGACUAUUAGGCCCUUGUGUCGAUAUUUUGAAACGUAACCUGGAAAAUUACAAUUCGCUCAUCUCUUUGUCUGUAUAAUCGCAUCACCAUUUCGCAAUUUCGCAGCUUUGUUUGGGCGCAUCGAUUGUUCUUGUAUCAUAAUUCUUGGUCUGCAAAAAACACCUCUAAUUCUAUUGAAAUGUUACACACUUUAUACCUGUAGUUGUUACCACCCAGUCGUACUGCUCUUUCGCACACCACACACCACACACCAUACACCACACACACACACACACAAUACAAACGAUCAAUUUUAUCAUUUGUUUCUUCCGUUGACACAAUAAAAGUGAUCCAUAAAUAUGUUA